CUCAUUUGGUUAUUUAGUCUUGAAUUCUUGGAAAAUAAAAACACAUACACACGGACAGGAGUUAUUGAAUCUCCAUGGAAAUGGAAGACAACGGCAACGGCAUCGCAUCAUCUCUCUCUUCAUCUUCUGAAUUUGAAUCUUCACAUGAUCCUUUUAGUUUGCACCCCUCCGAUGACCCAAAAGCUAUACUGGUUUCUAUCCAACUGACUGAAGACAAUUACAUGGCAUGGUGUCGAGCCAUGACAAUGGCUCUUCGUGCCAAAAAUAUACUUGGUUUUGUUGAUGGAACCAUCCCUAAACCUUCAGAAGAUGAUGCCCUCUUUCAUUCAUGGAAUCGGGUCAGCCAUAUGGUGCUUUCAUGGAUACUUAAUUCGCUUCACGAAGACCUUGCUCCGAGCGAUUACAAUACCAGCGAGUCUGCUGCUGAUGUCUGGAACGAUCUCCGUGAUCAUUAUUCUCCCAGCAGUGGCCUUCGAAUAUUCUCUCUGCAGCGUGCCAUUGCCACAUGUCCGCAAGGUGACGAUUCUGUGGAUGUCUAUUUCAGCAAACUAAAGAGGCUUUGGGAUAAGUUAUACACUUCUUUUCCCAUGUCCUCUUGUUCAUGUGGGGAUACAAACUACCAAAAUCAGGUACAAAUACAACAGUUGAUGCAAUUUCUUAUGGGUCUUAAUGAGACUUAUGCUUCUCUUCGAAAACAAAUACUAUUGAUUGAUCCUCUUCCACCAGUUGACGAUGCCUAUGUUCUUUUAUUACAAGAGGAAAGUCAAGCCACUGUAACUGCUACGACUAGUCCUUGUACUGAUAGUCCUGGUAUUAUUGGGCACGAAACACCUCAAGCUCUAAUGCCACAGAAUGGUUAUACCUCACUGAAUAAAUCCCAUCAUGAUUUUUACCACUGUGUGUAUUGCAAUAUACCCAAUCAUACCAUCGAUAAGUGUCACAAGUUGCAUGGUUAUCCGGCAAAUGAUUCCAAUCUGAGUGCAAUGAGGGGGACGAAAGAGAUGGAGAUUGAACAUUUCAGUCACAAUCAUCCCUUGCAAUUUUCCAUUGAGCGAAUAGAUGACCUAGUUGUAUGCUCUGGUUGCAACCAAGUUAUUUCUGAACCUCAUUACAGUUGUAACCAAUGCAGCUUUGUUCUCCACAAGAAGUGUGUCGAGGCACCCCGGGAAUUGCAUCACUCGGAUCAUCCACAACACCCUCUAACAUUGUUGCUUGGGUCACCAUAUCCCACCCACAAUUUCGAAUGUGAUGCCUGCAACAUGAAGCGUGAAGGAUUCCACUACCACUGCACCUUAUGCGCAUAUCACCUUGAUUUCCAUUGUGCUUCUUUAUUUCUCGAUGGUAGCAAAACAGAGGAAAAUGUAAGACACCGGCAUCCUUUGGUCCUCAUGGAUAGGUCAAACAUAAAUACAAAUAUCUGUUCCUGGUGCCCGCGAUUGCUUUCUGGUAAGAUUUAUGGUUGCAGUCCAUGCAAAUAUUUUGUCCAUAAAUUGUGCUAUGAAUCACCAACAGAGAUCAAACACCCAUUUCACCCAAAACACCCUCUGACACUCUUUCCUCGAAUUGAUCGAAGCCAUGAAUGGUGCAAUGCCUGUGAUAACAAAAUCCAUGGCACUGGUUUCUGUUGCAAACCAUGCCACAUAUUCCUCCACGUACAAUGUGCUUUAUUGCCUCAACACGCCAAGUAUGAACGCCAUAGGCAUCCCUCCUUUAAACUUAGCUAUGCUAUCAAAGAUGAUGGUUCAGACGAGUAUUACUGUCAUGCUUGUGAGGAAAGAUUGUACGAAAAAUGGGCUUACUAUUGCGAGAGCUGCGAUUACACUGCCCAUAUGGCUUGUCUAGCUCCAGAGGCACUCCCUCGACGCACAACACCAAGAGGGAAAGACUCGGGGAAGAAUAGGAAAAAGGCAAUAUCAGACCGUGCUAAAAAGAAGGUGAGCUGGGAGAUACGAAGGUGAGCUGGGAGAUCCGGUGCCACAGCAAGAGAAGGAGUGAACAUAGCAUACUGAAAUAUUCCAUUUACAAAUCGUUUUUUCUAAUACAGAAAAAAAAACGAACAAACUUGAAGCGAGGCAGGGAUUAAUACAAAUCUGACUC